UAUGAGGCUUAUUGUUCAAUUGAAGAUGCUUGCUUUGAGAUGUAAGUGUAAGUCGUGCUGAAAAGACAGAUACCCGGAAAAGAAUUCUACCUCUCUUGUUUUAGCAGAUUGUUGUGAUUUGAUGUUUUGGGUUCAGGUCUGGUAGAAAUGAGAUAUUUGAACCAUUUGUUCUUUGCUUAAUUAGUCAGAAUGGGUCGCGACAAAUCUCCAAGUGGCAGGGAUGCUGAGGGAGCCACCUUCCUUCAUGGGGAACUUGAUUUCUGGAUUAUAGAAGCUAAAAGUCUUCCAAAUAUGGAUUUAAAUUCAGAAAGAAUGAGGAGACUGUUUUCUAUGUGUAGAACUUGUGAGAGUUCCUCCAGAAAGAAACCCAAGCCCUCUGGAAGGCAGUCUAUGAAUACUAGUGACCCUUAUGUAUCUGUUUGCCUUUCAGGGGCUACGGUUGCUCAAACUAGAGUAAUUUCCAAUUGUGAGAACCCCGUGUGGGAUGAACAUUUCAUUGUGCCAGUUGCGCAUCCUGUAGAAAAUAUUGAGUUUCAUGUUAAGGACAAUGAUGUUCUUGGUGCUGAACUUAUAGGAGUGGUUGCAAUAUCUGCAGAAAAAGUUGUUACAGGAGAUGAAGUUAAUGGUUGGUUCACUAUUGUUGGCCAUUCUGGGACUGAUCGAAAUCCUGAACUGCAUGUUACUCUUCAGUUUAGGCCAGUGGAAGAAAAUCCUGUAUAUCAACAUGGUGUCGGGACUGGACCAGAUUACAUGGGAGUUCCAAAUACAUAUUUCCCACUCCGAAAAGGAGGGAAUAUAACCCUUUACCAGGAUGCUCAUGUACCUGAUUCCUUGGUACCUGAAAUUCCCCUUGAUGAUGAAAAAACUUUUAAGCAAGGUCAAUGUUGGGAAGACAUAUGCCAUGCCAUUCUGGAAGCAAAAUACCUCAUAUACAUAGUUGGUUGGUCCAUCUACCAUCCUGUAAAACUUGUGAGGGAACCAACAAAGCCUUUACCUGAGGAAGGGCAGCUUUCUUUGGGAGAGUUGUUGAAAUACAAAUCGCAAGAAGGGGUGCGUGUGCUUUUGCUGAUAUGGGAUGAUAAAACGUCACAUGACAAACUUCUUUUGAAAACGGAAGGUGUCAUGCAGACGCAUGAUGAAGAGACUAGAAAAUUUUUUAAACGCACAAAUGUUCAUUGUCUGCUCGCUCCUCGCUAUGCAAGCAGCAAACUUAGUUUUUUCAAGCAACAGGUCGUAGGAACCCUUUUCACACAUCAUCAGAAGUGUGUGCUUCUUGACUCCCCAGGCUCAGGAAUUAAUCGGAAAAUAACUGCUUUCAUUGGUGGUCUAGAUUUAUGUGAUGGUAGAUAUGACACACCUGAGCACCGGAUCUUUACUGAUCUAGAUACAGUCUUCAAGGGUGAUAUUCAUAAUCCUACAUUUCCUAGUAAUGCCUACGGCCCAAGGCAAGCAUGGCAUGAUCUACACUGCAGAGUCGAGGGCCCUGCUGCACAUGAUAUAUUGACUAAUUUUGAACAAAGAUGGAGAAAGUCUUCAAAGUGGCGUGACUUCAAGGUAAGAAAGGUCAAUCCUUGGCACGAGGAUGCCUUGAUAAAGCUAGACCGUGUUUCAUGGAUAACAUGUCCCUCUCCUGGUUCUGAUGGAGACGAAGUUCUGCAUGUUAGAGAUGAAGGUGACCCAGAUAAUUGGCAUGUGCAGGUAUUCCGGUCCAUUGAUUCUGGAUCUGUGAAAGGAUUUCCAAAGGAUGUUCAGCAAGCUGCAGCUCAGAACCUUAUAUGUGGGAAGAACUUGAAAGUAGACAUGAGCAUCCAUAUAGCUUAUAUAAAAGCAAUAAGAUCAGCACAACACUCGAUAUAUAUUGAGAAUCAGUAUUUCAUUGGAUCUUCAUAUUUUUGGCCAUCCUACAGAAAUGCAGGUGCUGAUAACUUAGUCCCUAUGGAACUAGCCCUGAAAAUCGCCAGCAAAAUCCGUGCAAAAGAGCGUUUUGCGGUGUAUAUAGUAAUACCUAUGUGGCCAGAGGGUGAGCCAACUAGCAAUGCUGUGCAGGAAAUAUUAUAUUUUCAGGGACAAACAGUGAGCAUGAUGUACUCGAUCAUUGCGAAAGAACUCGACCUAGCAGGCCUUUCCGAUCAGUAUAAUCCACAAGAGUACUUGAACUUCUAUUGCCUCGGUAAACGUGAAGCUCCACCUCUAGAGAGUUCGACUAAACUAAAUCACAACAAGGAUAACCGUGAACUGGGAUUGGCUCAACAAUUCCGCAGAUUCAUGAUAUAUGUUCAUGCCAAAGGGAUGAUAGUGGAUGAUGAGUAUGUGCUACUAGGAUCUGCAAACAUUAACCAGAGAUCCUUAGAAGGUUCAAGGGACACCGAAAUAGCUAUGGGUGCUUACCAGCCAAACUAUACAUGGGCGGUAAAGAAAUCCAACCCUCGUGGCCAGGUUCAUGGUUAUCGGAUGUCGCUCUGGGCGGAACACCUUGGUGAACACGACGAUGCUUUCCGGGAACCGCAAAGCCUGGAAUGUGUAAAACUUGUUAAUGAGAUUGCCCAAAGUAACUGGAAAGCAUAUGCGGAAAAUGAUUACACAGAAAUGAGGGGCCACUUGAUGCAGUAUCCAUAUGAAAUCGGAAGAGACGGAACGGUUUCUCUGAUCCCGGAACAAGAAACAUUUCCUGAUGCUGGUGGUAAAAUUCUUGGAGCACCUACCAAUCUUCCUGAUGUUCUAACAACUUAAAACGACAUGCCAAAGCCAUUGCCUUAAUUGCAAAGCCCCAGUAAGUUUUUAGUAAACCACAAAAUUGCAGGAUGUAACAUUAAAGAAAAGUCGAGAUAUAAUAUUAAG